UUUUAUUUUUAAAUUUUUAUUCUAUAAUAUUUUUUCAUAAUUUUUUUUAUUUUGAUUCUUACAAUGCAGUCUCCAGUGGGCGCCCAUAAUCCCCUUCAAAUAUUUUUUCUAUAAAUUAACUCUUUUAGUCUGGUUCAAUUUUUUAAAAAAAAUAGUACAGAUUAUAAUUAAUGGAUCAUAGACGGAUUUCUGACAUCGUUGGGUGUGGUGUACCCAGCAUUCUACCUAUUAUCCCAAUUUGGUCGUGGUGUCAGGAGGGGGAGGGGCGCAUGUAUACUCCGCCACUAGUACUUUUUUUUUACUGUAAACUCUGCCAGAAAAAAAAACAGGUUAAAACAAAUUUUGAGUACCUACUUACUUUUUCACAUUAAAUUUGGUUUUGUUUUUUGCUUAGUAGUGUGCGUUUUCUUUUUGAAGCCAUUUCCCAAAAUGUAGCACUGGAUCCGCCACUGCCGUAUAGGACUACGUGCUACAAUAAGUACAAAUGUACAAUGAUAAUAUUAACAAACAAUGAAACAACCUAUUUCGACAUUGUCGUGCAAAUAUCUAAAACGGUCGUUCUUGUUUGCAUCAUCAUACUAAAAAAAAUGUGUUUGUAAUUGUACACGUUUUCCAUAUGUGCGAACAUAAUGGCAAUGUAAGUAUAGGUACUAAUAAAAACGUCCAGAUCGUCAAGCGUCAGUUUAACAAAUAAUUAGCGGUGGACAGAUAAAAAAAAUUUUCAAAAUUAAGGGCGAGGUGUAUGGUUGAGCCCGUCCGUACGAUAUUUGUUUGUUUGCUUGAAUUUAAAAUUAGGCUUAUGUAGAAGUUUGGGUUUACAGUUGUGAUCAUUGCGCGAUGUUACGCAUAUGAGGACGUGUGUGUGUUCACCAUACGGCGAAUUUGGUACCCAACGAACUCGUUCACCUCUGCCUAUGUUAACUGUUCGUCUCUGUUUAUAUAUAAAGCAAUCUGACUGCGGACGUGACAGUGCCGAGCGAUGGACUACUUUUCUGCGUUUAGCGCCGAUCGUGAUAUCUGCCAGACAGCGCCACUCGUCGUCGACCUUCCAAUUUUUGGAACACGGUCGUGAUCACCAUUCCACCCGAAGAUUAGUCAUCGGACGACAGUCAACACUCAAGAGGAGAUUGUCUCAUCCUGUGGUUCAACCACGAGCAUCGUAGCUUUAGUAAAUUGAUAUUCUAUUGAUACCUAUAUAAGCAAAUGAAUAAAUCAUUCAAUGAUUGUUUUACAUUAAAACACUUAUCUCAUUAAUUAUUACACAUUUAUGAAUAUAAAAGAAUAAUAAAAAGGUUUAUUCGUUUUAGAAUAUUAUAAUAUCAAUGUAAUAUACAAAACUAAGUGUUGGAUUGGGGGGACUGUUGAGACUGUUUAUGGCAAUUGAGUCACCAACUUCUAUACACUACUGUUUAGACUUUAGGUAUUAUCAUGAAGUCUAAAAACUGAGAAUAUAAUUUGGUGACAAAUAAGUAUUAAUUAUUAUUUCUAAAUCAAAUAUAACAUUUCAAUAUAAAAUUUUAAUCAGAUAUUAGUCGCUGUGUAUACUACAUCAUUAGUCACACCUCAGCCUUUCAGAUAAUUAAAGUAUAAAAACUGUUGUUUCAUACAUAUUUUAUUAACACAAAUCAAUCUCAUACAAUUUUUACAUUUUUUAAUAUUAUUUAUAAAAAAAAGAAAACUAUUAUUAAUUUUCAAAAAGUUACUUUGUGUACAGCAUGUUAUGAAUAAUGCUAAAAAAAAUUGAAUGAAAAUAAUAAAACGAACCAAUUAAAAAUUAGCUUAAUAUGAAUAAAUUAGUCCUCAGUUAGUAAAUUAUUUAUAAAAGUGAUAAGGCAUUUAUUGCUCAUCAUUGCCAGCAAUUUAAGAUAUUUAACUUCAUUUUUUUGUUAAAAAGUAUAUUGAGUAUAUAAAUAAACUGUCUAGAUGUGAAAUUAAAUUAUUUUUCUAUUUUCUAUUUAAACAUGAAGUCAUAGCGCAACUAACACUAGGUUAAUGGCAAUCAUUGACAUUUACCUUCCACAACACUUAAGAAGUACAAUGUAAGCAUAACGGUAAGACGAGUGCACAUCAACGCAGUAAAAAAAUAACUGCCACGACCCACUGCAAUAAACUGUCUACCCAUUUCUAACUGUUUUGGUGAGCAUCUGUGUUAAUUUUAUUGAGAUAAUUGUCAUAAUAAAGAAAAUAAUUUAUUCAGAGUAUUUAUGUAAUGAAAUGUUCAUCCACGAAUACCAAAGAAAAUCAAGGAUAGUGGAGGUUAAAGUAUACAAACCAACAAUGUAUACUUAUAUCCAAAUUUAUACAUGAUGGGUUGAUUUUAUUUCCUCAACACCCUACAGCUUAGCACACAAAAACAUUGAGCCCAAUGUGUAAAACUAGAAAUUUGAUGAUAUGAAAUACAAAAUCAAACAUCAAAUUGUACAGCAAAAACAUUCUCAAAAAAUGUUACAAAUUGUACAUUGUCAAUGUAACAUAAACACAUUAUAUUAUAAUACAUGGUAUUACCACACAAAAUUAAAUCUAAUAUAUUAUGUUUAUUUAUGUAGCUAUAUAUUAAUGUCAUACAUGAAUGUAUUCAUCAUUGAUUUAUGUAAUAUAUAUAUAAUUAUUUGCAAAUUUUAAGAUAAAAAAAAAAA